AUGCCGAACCCUAAGGUCUUCUUCGACAUGACCAUUGGAGGCCAACCCGCGGGCCGCAUAGUCAUGGAGCUCUUUGCCGACACCACUCCUCGAACCGCCGAGAACUUCCGCGCCCUAUGCACCGGCGAGAAAGGCGUCGGCCGCAGCGGCAAGCCCCUCCACUACAAGGGAUCUUCCUUCCACCGCGUCAUCCCCAACUUCAUGUGUCAGGGCGGCGACUUCACCGCCGGUAACGGCACCGGCGGCGAGUCCAUUUACGGCUCGAAGUUUGCAGACGAGAACUUCAUCAAGAAGCACACAGGCCCCGGCAUUCUGUCGAUGGCGAACGCGGGACCAGGCACGAACGGAUCGCAGUUCUUCAUCUGCACCGUCAAGACGGAGUGGCUGGACGGGAAGCACGUGGUGUUCGGAGAGGUGGUGGAGGGCCUAGACGUGGUGAAGGAAAUCGAGAAGGUGGGCUCCAGCUCCGGCAAGACCUCCAAGCCCGUCGCCGUCGCUGACUGCGGACAACUCUCUUAG